CGCGCAGUCAGUCAAAAUUCCACCACUGGCGCAGCUGUCACACUUUUGACGCUUUUCUGUGCUCAAAUGCGACAGGAAUGAAUCCAAAGAGGGUCGACUGUUUCCAUGAUCUGCUUUCAGUGUCAAAUUAACGAGGAGGGUGGCUAAGACAUGGUGCGUUACAUCACUGAAAGCCUCUGAUGCUCUGGAGCCCGGAAGCGCGACUUCUUCUGAGCUCUUGUCUCCUUGCGCACCUGGCUCAUGUGAAGUGCGACUGAGGUGCUCACAUCACGGCAACCGACUUGUAGCGCAUCGACCAUGGCGGCGUUAAUUGUCCCCUCCGCUCUCGCCGACACCAAUGCCGGGUCCAGGAAAGCACAGCGAGGGCACGGAAGCAGCCGCGAGCCCCUCAAAUGUGAGAGUGAGCAUGUUGGUCAAAACACUGUUCUGGAGAAAACGCGUGAGUUCUUCCAGGUCUGUGACAUCGAGAGAAAAGGCUUCAUCACCCAACGUGACAUGCAGAGGCUGCUUGGCGAGCUCCCUCUCACUGCGGACGAGUUGGAGAAAGUCUUUGACACCCUUGAUUCUGACAGCAAUGGAUUUCUUACCCUUGAUGAGUUCUCCACUGGCUUUAGUGAAUUUUUGUACGGCAGGAAUAUUUCUUUAAAGGAAGGCAUGGGGGAUAACCGCCCCUGUACGAAGCCUCCAGAGGUUCUCUACCACAGCCGGUGGGACGAGAGCUUGCCAACUUCAGAGGAUGAAGAGGAGAAGCAUUUUUCCAUGCUGAUGGAGAGCCUUGGAGCCAACAAUGUCUUUGAAGAUCCUGCGGCGGUACGCAGUUUGUGGGCCCAGCUUCGCCAAGAUGAACCACAUCUUUUAUCCAAUUUUGAGGACUUCCUGGCAAGGGUAACAUCCCAGAUAAUUGUGGCCAACCAGGAAAAGAGAGAAAUGGAGAGUGCGCUGAAACGAAAAGCAGCAACACAUGAUGAUGAGAUCCAUCGCCUCUAUGAGGAAAUGGAGCAGCAAAUAAAGAAUGAAAGGGAACAGCUUGUGCUGCAGGACUAUAAGAGGUUUGUGUCUCGUAGUCAAGACCUUGAAAGACAGCUUAUCAUCAAGGAGAAAGAGUUGGAGCAGCUCUUUCUAAAGCAAAGGAGGUUGGAAGAUCAGUGUCAGGAGCUUCAUAGUGAGCAACAUGUGACCAAAGUGGAGAACGUGAAGUUGAAGAAGACGAAUGAUGAACUAGUGAAGGAUCUGGAUCACACUAGUCAAGAGCUGCUCUUGGCACAGGAGCAGCUGAGUCUGCUCCAUGAGCAGUCCACACAACUCAAUGAGGAGAAGGAGAUGGAAAUAUACAGACUGACCGAGGGACUGCAGCGUGAGCGAGCAAGCCUUCUUAAACAAUUGGACCUGAUGAGGGAAGUGAAUAAACAUUUACGAGAUGAAAAAGACAUUUUCUUUCAGAAACCUAAAAAUUGUAAGAAUACAGGAUUACAGCCAAGGCCCUUAUAUAAUACUGGGACACAUACUUACUUCCCAAAAAGUGAAGAGGAGGAAGCGGAUGUAAGGCAGAACCCUGCCCAUGUGUCAAGCAACUCUUGUGGUUCAGAGGUGACCAGAGCUUACCUACAGAGGAUCAUCUCGAUCGAGGAGGAUCACCUCCCACAUUUGCUCCAAAAUGGUAGCCAGACCCAAAUCCCUCUUCAGCCAUUUAACGAAGGCGAGGAAGCGUCAGCUCACGAAGAGAAUAUAGACUUGUUGAUGAGCGAUAUUUACCCUGCUCAGCCCCAACUGUCAGAGGAAGCGAGGGAAAUAAGUCCAGGUCCCAUGUCUCCAAGGGGUCAACCUGUUGGCAAGGAGACCAGCAUAAAUGAGGAAAGCAGUCCGUCACUGCCAGACUGCCUCUUUAAAAUCGUUCUGGUGGGGAACUCCAGUGUCGGAAAGACGUCCCUCCUUCGACGCUUUUGUGAUGACUGUUUCAACCCCGACACUUCCGCCACUGUUGGUAUUGACUACAGUGUGAAAACAAUAGUGGUGGACAAGACCCGGGUGGCGCUGCAGGUCUGGGAUACAGCGGGACAGGAAAGGUAUCGAAGCAUCACCAAGCAAUUUUUCCGCAAAGCUGACGGUGUGGUUGUGAUGUACGACAUAACAGUUGAGCAGAGCUUCACAGCUGUCAGACAGUGGCUGACAAGUGUGAAGGAGGGCUCAGGCGAAGACGUAACUUUAAUGCUGUUGGGAAACAAAACAGACUUAGAAAUUGAAAGACAAGUGCAUAUAGCAAUGGGCGAUAGGCUAGCUAAGGACUGUCAGAUGACUUUCUUUGAGUGCAGUGCAUGCUCAGGUCAUAAUGUAAUGGAGGCCAUGCUUCAUCUGGCUAGAACCCUGAAAGAGCAAGAGGACCGAGAAAAAGAGAAGACUGUCCAGCUGGUCAGCGGCUCUUUGGAGAAGAAGAAAUCCUGCUGCUAACAGAUAACGCACACAAUACAGAUUUGCACACUAUCACUCGCCCUUAUUCUUCAAGUCAACAAAACUAUCUCUCCUUGGAGCACACCAAAUUAUUAUCCAGGAGUAUUAUAAUGAAAGAAGAACGACACACAGAGUUAAAUCGGAACCUUUUAAAUAUUGACUUUUCACGGGUAGGCUUUUAAUUGUGUAUUUAUGUGUUAAUCCAAAGUGGAUUUUUCACACAAUUCCAUUAUCAUUUGCAAUACAACAUGACAUAAACAUCUGUCAAGUUUGAAGUAGCGUUGAGUUGUCUUGAGGUCACGUGUGUUUUUAAGUUAUUGGUGUCUCGUGACAGUUCUGUCCACUGCAUAGUUAAAUGUGUUGUUCACUGGGUUCAUUUGAAUGUGUUAUCAUGUGAAAGCGUAAUAUUUGCUGCUAAUCCAUUAUAUAAUUUGAUACCACAAUUGUUGUUGUGCUUCCCAUCUUAUGUUGUACUUUAUAGUUUCUAAUCUGUAAAGUGUUUUGGAGGGAUACAUGUCACUUUUCCUCAGUGGACCAAAUUUGUUUAAUUGUAAAGAAAAUGUGUAUUUACAUCAGAUGCGCCUAAUCUACUUGCCAAGUAUUUUAUACACAUUAUACCACUCAUUCUUGAAUGUAAUACCAAGUAUGAAGUUCGUAAGUGAUUUUGGAGUUCAGAUACUAUUGUUCAUCUAAUUUACUUACUAUUAGUGCUUCGCUACCGCCACUGUCUUGCAAAUCACUUUUAUGAACACACAAGGAGAUAUAAUUAAUGUAACAAAAAUAAACAGUUGGGUGUUAUUUGUAAA